AUGGUUGCCAGAUACCUCUGGAGGUACCCGGUGGCUGCCAGAUACCUCUGGGGUACCCGGUGGCUGCCAGAUACCUCUGGGGUACCCGGUGGCUGCCAGAUACCUCUGGGGUACCCGGUGGCUGCCAGAUACCUCUGGGGUACCCGGUGGCUGCCAGAUACCUCUGGGGUACCCGGUGGCUGCCAGAUACCUCUGGGGUACCCGGUGGCUGCCAGAUACCUCUGGGGUACCCGGUGGCUGCCAGAUACCUCUGGGGUACCCGGUGGCUGCCAGAUACCUCUGGGGUACCCGGUGGCUGCCAGAUACCUCUGGGGUACCCGGUGGCUGCCAGAUACCUCUGGGGUACCCGGUGGCUGCCAGAUACCUCUGGGGUACCCGGUGGCUGCCAGAUACCUCUGGGGUACCCGGUGGCUGCCAGAUACCUCUGGGGUACCCGGUGGCUGCCAGAUACCUCUGGGGUACCCGGUGGCUGCCAGAUACCUCUGGGGUACCCGGUGGCUGCCAGAUACCUCUGGGGUACCCGGUGGCUGCCAGAUACCUCUGGGGUACCCGGUGGCUGCCAGAUACCUCUGGGGUACCCGGUGGCUGCCAGAUACCUCUGGGGUACCCGGUGGCUGCCAGAUACCUCUGGGGUACCCGGUGGCUGCCAGAUACCUCUGGGGUACCCAGUGGCUGCCAGAUACCUCUGGGGUACCCAGUGGCUGCCAGAUACCUCUGGGGUACCCAGUGGCUGCCAGAUACCUCUGGGGUACCCAGUGGCUGCCAGAUACCUCUGGGGUACCCAGUGGCUGCCAGAUACCUCUGGGGUACCCAGUGGCUGCCAGAUACCUCUGGGGUACCCAGUGGCUGCCAGAUACCUCUGGGGUACCCAGUGGCUGCCAGAUACCUCUGGGGUACCCAGUGGCUGCCAGAUACCUCUGGGGUACCCAGUGGCUGCCAGAUACCUCUGGGGUACCCAGUGGCUGCCAGAUACCUCUGGGGUACCCAGUGGCUGCCAGAUACCUCUGGGGUACCCAGUGGCUGCCAGAUACCUCUGGGGUACCCAGUGGCUGCCAGAUACCUCUGGGGUACCCAGUGGCUGCCAGAUACCUCUGGGGUACCCAGUGGCUGCCAGAUACCUCUGGGGUACCCAGUGGCUGCCAGAUACCUCUGGGGUACCCAGUGGCUGCCAGAUACCUCUGGGGUACCCAGUGGCUGCCAGAUACCUCUGGGGUACCCAGUGGCUGCCAGAUACCUCUGGGGUACCCAGUGGCUGCCAGAUACCUCUGGGGUACCCAGUGGCUGCCAGAUACCUCUGGGGUACCCAGUGGCUGCCAGAUACCUCUGGGGUACCCAGUGGCUGCCAGAUACCUCUGGGGUACCCAGUGGCUGCCAGAUACCUCUGGGGUACCCAGUGGCUGCCAGAUACCUCUGGGGUACCCAGUGGCUGCCAGAUACCUCUGGGGUACCCAGUGGCUGCCAGAUACCUCUGGGGUACCCAGUGGCUGCCAGAUACCUCUGGGGUACCCAGUGGCUGCCAGAUACCUCUGGGGUACCCAGUGGCUGCCAGAUACCUCUGGGGUACCCAGUGGCUGCCAGAUACCUCUGGGGUACCCAGUGGCUGCCAGAUACCUCUGGGGUACCCAGUGGCUGCCAGAUACCUCUGGGGUACCCAGUGGCUGCCAGAUACCUCUGGGGUACCCAGUGGCUGCCAGAUACCUCUGGGGUACCCAGUGGCUGCCAGAUACCUCUGGGGUACCCAGUGGCUGCCAGAUACCUCUGGGGUACCCAGUGGCUGCCAGAUACCUCUGGGGUACCCAGUGGCUGCCAGAUACCUCUGGGGUACCCAGUGGCUGCCAGAUACCUCUGGGGUACCCAGUGGCUGCCAGAUACCUCUGGGGUACCCAGUGGCUGCCAGAUACCUCUGGGGUACCCAGUGGCUGCCAGAUACCUCUGGGGUACCCAGUGGCUGCCAGAUACCUCUGGGGUACCCAGUGGCUGCCAGAUACCUCUGGGGUACCCAGUGGCUGCCAGAUACCUCUGGGGUACUCAGUGGCUGCCAGAUACCUCUGGGGUACUCAGUGGCUGCCAGAUACCUCUGGGGUACUCAGUGGCUGCCAGAUACCUCUGGGGUACUCAGUGGCUGCCAGAUACCUCUGGGGUACUCAGUGGCUGCCAGAUACCUCUGGGGUACUCAGUGGCUGCCAGAUACCUCUGGGGUACUCAGUGGCUGCCAGAUACCUCUGGGGUACUCAGUGGCUGCCAGAUACCUCUGGGGUACUCAGUGGCUGCCAGAUACCUCUGGGGUACUCAGUGGCUGCCAGAUACCUCUGGGGUACUCAGUGGCUGCCAGAUACCUCUGGGGUACCCACCUCACCUCCACCAACAGACAUUUUCUGUCAACAAACCGAACGAUUUUGGACAAUAAUUUCACAGGCAUGA